CAAUGAUUCGAGCGGUAAUUUUGUUAGGUGGUCCUAGUAGAAAAGCAAGUUAUGGAACAUAUGAAUAAGCUUCUCCUUUAUUUCCAGUUAGUGGGGUUGAAAUAAUUGGUCAUCUCAUAAAUGCAAUCCAGAAAUUACCCAAUUUGAAAGAUUUUGUUCUUAUGGGUUAUUAUGAUAAGAAGUGUUUCUAAUACUUUUAAGAAAAGUACUAAAAAUUACAUGGCAAAAAUAUACGUUAUAUAUAAGAAUAGAGUGAAAUGGGAACAGCAGGUGGAUUAGCAUAAAAUUUAGAAGAAUUAUAUGAAGAAGUUGAAGGUAUUGUAUAUAAAAUAAUACGAAGAUCUUUUGGUUGUACAUUCAGAUAUUUGUUGUGAUUUGUAAGCCUAGAAAUUCUAUGAGUACCAUAAGAAGUAAAUUAUAUUAAAUAGCAUUAAUAGUAAAUCUGGUAUUUGUAGUAUAAUGACAGUUCGAGUAUCAAAAGAUGAAUCAACUCGUUAUGGGUGUUUAAUUAAGGAUAGUAAUACAGAUUAAUUAAUUCAUCAUGCUGAAAAACCAGAAUAAUAUAUUUCGAAUUUAGUUAAUUGUGGAGUAUACUUCUUUAAUUAAUCAUUCAAAACAACAAUCUUGAAUGUAAAAGCAAAAAAAGAAGCUAAUUUAAGUGAAGAACUAUAACAUCAACCAUAUGUUAAGUAUAUAAAAAGAAGUACAGAUUUGGAUAAGGCUUAUUUAUCAUUAGAGACUGAUGUAUUAAAAUAAGCAGAGAGAGAUAAAAUUUUUGUAUAUGAACACAAAGGAUUCUGGUAAUCAAUAAAAUCAACAAGUGAUAUACUAAAUGCAAAUAGACUUCUACUCUAAUAUUAUGGAUAAAAUCCUUUUUAAUUUAAUAGUUCUGAUUUUGAAAUAAAAUGUGAUGGAGUAUUGAUUCAUAAGACUGCUAAAAUUCAUCCAUCUGCAAGGAUAGGUAGUAAUGUAGUUAUAGGAGCUGGAUGUGAAAUUGGAGAGGGAGUUCGUAUAAAGAAUUCUAUUCUAUUAGAUGGUGUUGAAGUCAAAGUAAUUAUUAUUCUAGAUUAUAGAAUUUCUCAUUUAUUUAAAAUUCAAUAAUCUGCUAUAAUUCAAUUGUAGGUUAUUGGUGUAGAAUUGAAGGAGAUGUUUAAUUCUUAGGGCCAUGGGUAAUAGUAGACAAUGAAUUAUAUUUAAGGAAUGUUGUAUGUCUUCAAAAUUGCAGAGUUUCUUAAAGUUAAGAUGGAGGUUGUUUGAUGUGA